GGUGGAAGGAAAUAAAGAGAGCUAAAUGUUAAUGGGCGCUUGCAACAAAGCGGAGUAAGUAAGCAAUAUAAUAAGGUUAUCUAAGUUUGUAAUGAAAUUGUAACCUAAUAAUGAUCUUUGUUUCUAUUCUUGUUUCCGUUUACCUUUCCUCCUGACCUUGUCGCGAAAGCAAUCCCUAUGCUUUCCGACACAAACGUACCGAGUCUUCUUGUUCCAGAUCUGGUACAGUCUCCUUGGAACUUUGAGGCCGACCCUGCUGAGCCGGACGUGCCUGCCAACCCGCUCAAGAUCAAAAUCCCACCAGUGAUGGCUCCAAAUACUCGCAGUGCAGCUCGCCACAGAACGAACUCGAGUACUUCACCUGCUUCUGGUUCUGAAUACCACGAGAGCAGCAUGUCUAUGGAAGCAGAUGACCAUGCCUUGCCGAUCGAGGAAGAGGACGAACAGCCAGAACCAGUCUAUACCACGAGCACAAGAGGCAGACGAGUACAGAGGAAGAGCUAUGUCGAGUCGAAUAGUGAAGAUGACCCUGCAUUACAAGACGACGACGAUCCCCUAAACAUCAUUGAUCAGCACUCGGAUGAUCCGCCUAAAGCUGUGAAUGGCCACGACGCUGACGCAGACGAGGGACAACACGGCCGCUACCAACUGCGAGGACGUUCGCGUCCGCAAUCGAAGUUGAAUGGAACUAUCGUUAGUGACGACGAGGGUGAAGUCGGUCUGGCCCACUACCACACACGUAGCAGAAAUCGACGACCACCCCCUGCUCCGGAAACAAAUGGACGAAGUACACGACGUUCGACACGCUCGCAACGUCUCUUACGGACGCGUCCAAGCACUCGCCGUACGCGUUCACGAACACAAGAACAGAACGAAGACGACGUGGACUAUGUGGACCAGUCAUCUUCUGGGUCUGCCGAUGCAGACGGGUCUCUCGACGAAGGUGCGCAUACGUCGCCGGAGCCAGAAGUAGGACAUGAAGAUGAGGACAAGGACGGGGAAGGAGAACUGGAUGAUGGGGUCGAACCAGACGGUCGACCGUAUGCGCUUCGACAGAGGAGGGAGAUCAACUAUGCUAUCCCGCCGCCGCUGGAAGAGAUGCGACCACCUCCGCCAAAACCGAAAUCAGGCGGUGGAAGAGCCGGUGGUCGAAUAGGUGGUUUGGGCGGGAAGCGAAGCAAAGCACCAGGAUGGAGUGCGACUGGGGCCGAGCUGAGUAGGUGGAUGGGCGGUGGGGAGGAUUCGGACUCGGACUACGCUACUAGGACACCAAGGAAACCCUUCGGGGUGGAGGCGGCAGGUGGAGGGAUAUUUGCUGGUAGUGCUGGUGGAACAGGACUGUUUCCAGGCGAUCUGGCGGCAGCAGCAGGCACGCCGUCGAAUCUGGGCAAGGUCGGAGAUGCUUCUUUGGCAGAUGUCGACCCUCUCGGUGUCAACCAGAACGUAUCCUUCGACGAUGUAGGCGGACUUGAAGAACACGUCAGUCAGCUUAAGGAGAUGACGCUACUACCUCUGCUCUAUCCGGAUCUAUUCAAGAAUCUCAGCAUCACACCUCCAAGAGGCGUCCUGUUCCACGGCCCUCCGGGGACGGGUAAGACGCUUCUUGCCCGUGCACUCGCUGCCAGUACCCGGCAUGACGGAAGGGGUGUUUCGUUCUUCAUGCGUAAAGGCGCAGACUGCCUUUCAAAAUGGGUCGGUGAAGCCGAACGUCAGCUGCGUUUGCUGUUUGAAGAAGCUCGGAAUCAACAGCCCAGUAUCAUCUUCUUUGACGAGAUUGAUGGUCUGGCACCCGUACGGUCAUCUAAGCAGGACCAGAUUCAUGCAUCCAUUGUCAGCACACUGCUUGCGCUCAUGGAUGGUAUGGACGGACGUGGACAAGUGAUUGUCAUAGGUGCAACGAACAGACCAGAUGCUAUCGACCCUGCAUUGCGAAGACCAGGUCGGUUUGAUCGAGAGUUUUACUUCCCACUUCCCGGCUUGGAAGCUAGAGAGAAGAUACUAAGUAUCAUGACAAAAAAGUGGGCAGGUUGGGAAGCUGAGCAGGGCGCGGAAAAUUGCAGGGGAUUGGCGAAGCUCACCAAAGGUUAUGGUGGUGCUGAUAUUCGCGCCCUGUGUACUGAAGCUGCUUUAAACGCGAUCCAAAGACGAUAUCCGCAAAUCUACCGAUCAACUGAUCGACUCCUUCUGGACCCUGAUUCGAUCAAGGUACAGCUGAGAGAUUUCAUGGUGUCAAUCAAGAAACUAGUGCCAUCUUCUGCUCGAGCAGCAGCGCCAGAAGCAGCGUCACUUCCUACUCAGCUCUCACCACUGCUUGCAAGUACACUGGAGAGGGUGACAGGAAUCAUCGAGACCGUGCUGCCGAAGGCGAAUAAACGUACUGCUCUUGACGAGGCGGAGUAUGAGGAUGAGGGAGAGGAAGGCGCAAUGGAUCGUGAGAUGAUGUUACAAUCCAUGGAGACAUUAAGGGUGUACCGACCGCGGGUCGUGAUCUACGGUCCUCAAGGAAUGGGUCAACGAUACAUUGCGGCGGCUGCGCUGCAUCAUCUAGAAGGGUACCACGUACAGAGUCUCGACCUAGCCAGCUUGAUGAGUGAUUCUACCCGGACGUUAGAAGCAGCCAUUAUCCAGCUCUUUACGGAAGCAAAACGACACCAGCCAUCAGUGGUGUAUAUCCCUUCACUAAAUAGCUGGUGCUCUGCAGUGUCCGAAGCAGCACGAAGUACAGUCCGUGCUAUGCUAGACGGUCUGGGACCCUCAGACCCAAUUCUCCUCCUCGCCGUUGUUGACGCUCCCUACAACCUCCUACCCAAAGAUGUGAAGGCAUGGUUUGGCCCUACAAGGCAAAAUCGCGCCGAGUUGACAUCACCUACAUUGGAGCAACGAGAAGAGUUUUUCAAACCUUUGCUGCAGGAUGUUCGUCGACCUCCGACACAAUUUCCCGAUGGCGUCAAGAGGAAGAAGCGGUUAUUAGAAGAGCUUCCUAUCGCACCCCCACUAGAGCCUCGCGCGCCUACUGCUACUGAGCUUGCCGUUCAAGAAGCGAACGAUCAGCGUGUGAUAACUUUGCUCAAGUACCGGCUUGGUCCUAUCCUUACUGAGUUGAAGAGGAAGUUCAGGAGGUUUACUAAGCGAGCUGCUGAGGAGUACAAUUUCCAAAUCCCACAGCCAGUGGAGCAAGUCGAGACUAUGACAACGACCGCUGAAGCGCAGGCCGCUCCAGACGGCGGAGUGAUGGAAGUCGUGAAUGCAGAGCAUACGCAAGAUAUCCUCGAGCAACUGCCUGCUGUCAUGCCAAAUGGCAUUGAGCAGCCUCAUGUGCAAGCGCAGGGCCAACUUCAGCAACCUCCCCUCUUCGAUAUGGAUCUCGAACUCAUGCAUACCGAAUUGUACAAGAGCAAGUACCUCACUCCAGACGACUUCCUCGACGAUAUCCGCAAGAUUGUGCACAACGCCAGCGUCUUUGCCAAUGAAGACGCUGAGCGACUGUAUCGUGCCCAAGCCAUGCUCACUGCUGCGGAGGUCAGUAUCCAAGACUUCGAUGCUCAAUUCCGGGUAGAAUGUCAACGGACGGCUGUGAGGGAACGAAAACGAAGGGAAGCCUUCAGGAAGGAGAGAGAAAAAGCCAGAGAUGAAUCCGCGCAGAAUGGCGUAGCGCAUCACCCCUCCCGCCGCAGUGCACGUGCACAUGGACUUCAGCCUGAACUUGCAAUCACUGAUCCUGUACGCCUGGAGCGAAGGCUGAAACGACAACGAUCUGCCGAAGCCAACGCGGAACCAUCUGAGGAAGAGGAGGGAAGUGCAGGACGUGAGGCCAAGCGAUCGAGAAUGUCGAGUCAUGAGGCUGAGUCUCAAGAAGGCCCGGUUGCAGGACCAUUGACCCCUCAUAAACCUCACCAUGGUGUUCGAUUUGCUGAUGAUGUAGAUGGGGAUGUUGCCAUGCCGUCAUCUCCUUCGCCGCACGCGAACGAACCUGUUCCUGAGUUACAGCGGAUAGAGACGCCUCGUGGACCUGUUGGCUUCGAUUCCCUGCUCAAUCCAAAACAUUCACCUGAAGAAUCUCGUCCAGCUGACAACGCAUUCAGUUACUUGACGAGUAUCGUGACGCCUCAACAGUCGGUAUCUGGUGAUGAGCAUCCUCCACCACCAUCACAGGAGGUUUCAUAUUCAAUACCGCCACCACAUACACCACCUUCGGAGACACUUCCUCAGCUAAACGGUAUCCUAGAAGGUCCAGAACUUCCGCUUCCCAAUGGAGAUCAAGCUGCUCUCGAUGUGAUCAUGGAACCUGAACGAACUCCUACCCCUCCGCCAAACUUCGAACUCGACGAGACCCUCCUGUCAGACCUCGCUAGCAAGCUUCGUGAUCAGACUGAUUCUCUCAACGUAGAGCAACUCGAGCAGCUACGGGCGACAUGUCUGAACUGCAUUUGGAAACGUCGUCAGGAGUGGGACCGCACACCACUCGUACAUGAGCUACGGAGUGUUGCGAAUGAGUUCAUUCGAGACGUGUCAGAAUAUGAUUCAGACAACGAUGAGCUCCCUUCUCCCUCGAAUGCGGCUUAUUAACCCUUGACGUGAUUCUUCAUUCUGUAUCGCCUCUUCGUUGACUACCUCAAUGCAGUAUAACCAUUUGUUCACAUAACUACUUACAUUCAUCUUUCCCUAAGUCAGUUUUUUUUGCCGUGUCGUAUUGAGGACUUUCAUUGUCUAUGUAUGUAUCGUUGCUGUUUGUGUUUUCCGAUCUGUAUGUAUUACUUACAACUGCUAAUAAGUAUACCUCGGCUGCGCUAAGUUCCAUUCAUCUCCGUUGCGAGGUCAGCAAAUUUACAGU